AUGAACGCCGUGGAUGCGACAGAGCACUAUGAGACGAGUGCACGCGACCCUGCGCCCGCCCUCUUAACCGUUAUCCUCGACACUAAUCCCCACGCAUGGGCCCUCCUCGAAAAUUCCCUCCCGUUGACCAAGGCGAUCGCAAACAUCCUGGUUUUCCUCAAUGCUCACCUGGCCUGUAACUACGCAAACGAGGUGGCCGUGGUAGCCUCCCACAGUCAAAAGGCGGCAUGGCUAUAUCCUCACGAGACCCACACCACGAAGACGUCUCGAGACGCCGACGGUGACGUCUCCAUGAACGGGUCGAAUAAUACCUCAGGACAAGUUAACAAGUACCGACCGUUUCGGAUCGUGGAGGAACAAGUCACACACAAUCUACGCGAACUUAUGCAGUCGACCAGUGGGGCGAACGUGCAAGCUACGAACUCGACAAUGAUGGCAGGGGCGCUUACGCUUGCUCUUAGUCAUAUCAAUCGCAGAACUAUUGCUUGGGCUGAGGCCCAUGGAGCUGAUAUGGCUGCUGCGACGUCGACUGAUGUCGCUCCCGCCGGUGGACGAUCUACGGGGACGGAUACGGUAGAAGGGUUACAGUCGCGAAUCCUGAUCUUGUCGGUUAGUGGUGCGAGUGAUUCUGCGCAUCAGUAUAUUCCGAUUAUGAAUAGUAUCUUUGCCUGUCAGCGGCUUCAUAUUCCUAUUGAUGUGUGCAAGCUGAGCGGUGAUGCUGUCUUUUUGCAGCAGGCUUCUGAUGCUACCAAGGGCAUCUACAUGUCGUUGACUGAGCCUCGAGGGCUACUGCAGUACUUGAUGAUGGCUUUUCUGCCGGAUCAGCGAUCCCGAAAACACCUGGUGCUUCCGACGCGGGUUGACGUUGAUUUCCGUGCGGCUUGCUUCUGCCACCGGCGAGUUGUCGAUAUUGGAUUUGUCUGUUCCAUUUGUUUAAGCAUCUUCUGCGAGCCCCAGGAGAAUGGCAAGUGUCUCACUUGUGGUACGCAACUUGAAAUGGGUGAUUAUGGGCUUAAGCCAGCUGUGGUGGCUCGAAAGAAGAAGAAAAAGAAGCGCGUGAACGGUCCAUCGGGCACAGCUACGCCUACGCCUACGCCUACACCCGGGCCCUGA